AUGAGCAGUUUGGCCUUGUACCGUGGCAUCUACACCGAGGAGCGCUUCCAGCAGGGCUACGGGGCGCCGCCAGAGCCCGAAAGCAACCUGGCAGGGAUGCUGAAAGGCAAGCUGGCCCGGGGCUGCCGGUGCUCCAGGGCUGCCGCCUUGCACUUGCUUAGAAGCAGACUGCCUGUGGCAAGCUGGCUGCCCAGGUACCAGCCCAAGAAGUGGCUCCUGGGUGACGUGGUUGCAGGGCUAACCGUGGGCAUUGUACACAUCCCACAAGGAAUGGCCUUUGCCCUGCUCACCUCAGUAGCACCAGUCUAUGGGCUCUACACAUCGUUCUUCCCUGCCCUGCUGUACAUGCUUUUUGGCACCGGGCGCCAUGUGUCCACAGGCACCUUUGCUGUGGUGAGUCUGAUGACUGGCUCUGUGGUGGAGCGUUUGGUUCCUUCAUCCCAGCAGUCCAACAGCACGGCAGUCCCCGAUGAAGAGGCUUUGCUCGAAGGCCAGCGCAUUGGUGUGGCUGCUGCCAUGGCCUUCCUCAUGGGGCUCCUCAUGAUCGUGAUGUUUACCCUUCACCUGGGCUUCCUCUCCACCUAUCUCUCGGAGCCGGUUGUCAAGGCCUUUACCAGCGCAGCUGCCCUGCAUGUGGUGGUGUCUCAGCUCCAGAGCCUACUGGGCCUGCCCCUACCACGACCUGAUGGCUGCUUCGCCAUCUUCAAGACGCUGGCAUCUGUCGCGGAAGCCUUGCCCUUAACCAACAUAGCAGAACUGCUCAUCUCAGGCCUGUGCUUGGCUGUGCUGGUACCCAUCAAGGAGAUCAACAACCGCUACCGUAGCCGGAUGAGGGUCCCCAUUCCGGGAGAGAUCAUCAUGGUACUGCUGGCCACUGGGCUCUGCUUUGCUUCCUCCCUAAACACUCAUUACAACGUGCAGAUCGUUGGACACCUCCCGGCAGGGUUCCCACAACCCCAGCUCCCAGCCCUGCAUCUGCUGCCCCAAGUGCUGGGUGACACAGUGGCCCUCACAUUCGUGGCCUACGCCAUCUCAGUGUCCCUGGCCAUGAUCUACGCUGAGAAGCACCACUAUGUCAUUGACCCCAACCAGGAAUUAUUGGCUCAUGGCCUCUCAAAUCUGGUUUCGUCCCUGUUCACCUGUUUUCCCAACUCAGCCACACUGGCUACGACCAACAUUUUGGAGAGUGCCGGUGGACACACGCAGCUUUCUGGUCUCUUCACCAGUGCUGUUGUCCUGGUUGUAUUGCUAUGGAUUGGGCCCCUCUUCUACUACUUGCCCAAGGCUGUCUUGGCUUGUAUCAAUGUCACCAGCCUUCGGCAGAUGUUUCUACAAUUCCAGGACCUGCCUGAGCUGUGGAGGAUCAGCCAUGUUGACUUUACCGUGUGGGUGGUCACGUGGCUCUCUGUGGUGGUGCUCAACGUGGACCUUGGCUUGGCCGUGGGGGUUGUGUUUUCCAUGAUGACUGUUGUUUGCCGCACACAGAGAACCGAAUGCUCAGUGCUGGGCAGGGCAGCUGACACAGAAAUCUACAAGCCUGUCAAGUACAACAGCAAGUGCUUUGAGAUCCCAGGUGUGAAGAUCUUAAGUUACCAGGCCCCCAUCUAUUAUGGGAACCGCAGUUUCUUCCGUGAUGCUCUGAGCCGACUGGUGGGGCUGGACCAGGAAAAUGAGUGUCCCAAGGACCUAAGUCCAGAGAGCAGAAUCAAGAUGGACAUCAGCACUGUGGAGAGCAGUGUCUCUGUCCUGGAGAAGAAGCUUAGCUCAGGCGUAGCAGUACAAGCAGUGAUUCUUGACUGCAGUGGAGUGUCCUUUGUUGACUCAGCUGGGGCCCGCCUCCUUAUUCAGGUGUGCGUGGAAUGCCAAAAAGCAGGCGUGCAGAUGCAUCUGGCUGCCUGUAAUGCCAAUGUCUUACAGACCUUGAGCUUCUGUGGCCUCAUGCAUCACCUACACCCACAACAGAUUUUUGUCACUGUUCAUGAUGCUGCUUCCUACCUCCAGCAGACCACGGAAAGCAUGGAACAGAAGGACCCCACCAUCUGGGUAUAGCCCUCGCCUGCCUGCCAAGGGUCAAGGACUGUGUCAGUGAAGCCCUGCGUACCAGGACAAGGACUAUCUGAGUACACAGAGUCGUGCUAAAGGCAGCGGGCUGCCUUGGAGGCCCUGCUUGCUACUGGCUUGUUCAGGAAAAAGGACACACAGAAG